AUGUCCUCGACAGUUCAAGCAUGUUCAUCCACCGACUCAGACCCCACAUUAUGGGUGCUAGCAUUACAACGUCAAGCCGGACGGGCCGACUCGGAAGGGCGACUCGAACUUAAAGGAUUACUGAGGAAGCUUGAUUUACGUAUGUCCAUAAUACUGAUCUUAUAUACCUUGAAUCCGAUUGACAGAACUAAUAUUAGCAACGUUCGGUUACAAGGUUUUGAGAAAGACCUGCACCUGCGUGGGGAACAAUACGCCACAACUUUGUCCAUCCUAUUUGUUGGAUACAUUAUCAUGCAAAUGCCAGGGAACAUGUUCCUGCACUGGCUGGAGAGGCCUUCUGUCAUCAUCCCGUGCUGUACGUUUACAAUAUCAGUAUUGUCAGGUUUGUCGACACUGACCUUUGACCCAAGCGAUACUGGGAUUGUCAUCGCCUGCUUCUUUCUUGGCUUUUCCGAAGCUCCCUUCUUCCCGGAAUUACUAGCUCUCGUUUCUUGUGGAAGUUUUCUCAACUUUGCAUUCGGAUCCCUGUUUGCAUCCGCUAUACUCCGCGGCAUGCAGGACAAAAUUGGUCAAGCUGCAUGGAGAUGGUUAUUUUACGUUGAAGGCGGUAUCACCAUCUUGGUCGUGGUUUGCGCGAUGUUCAUACUUCCUGAUUUCCCGCAUAACACCAGGUGGUUCACCCCAGAGGAAAGCACAAUUCUUAUAUCUCGCCAUGUAGAAGAUGGCUAUGGGCAGUGUUUCUUCGCCUACUUCCCGACGCCGUGCGCGAAACUGGGAUAUAACACGACUGUAACGCAUCUCGCGGAGAUCAGGUACUCUGACAAGAAGCAGAGGCGUUACAAAUGCUUUAUUGUCUCCAAUGCACUCGGCGCCCUUGCAUUCAUGAUGUCAAUCUUUACGAUGGACAAGGCUGCGCGCUAUACUUCACUAAACAUACAGGUUCCUGAUGCGGCUCGAGUUACCGCUGGAUACUUGGUGCUCUUAGGUUGGAUCAGCAACCCUUUCUUCAGAGAACCUGCGAAGCGCGCCGUUGCUACUACUCUAAUGAACGCACUGGGCCACACGACAUACCCUUGUUCCUAUGCCAUCUGCAUCCCUGCACUUGGAGUGUUAUAG